AUGUCGAAACCAAGCACGCUCCGAAGAUAUGGCAAGCAGGCACGGAAACCCAAGUCGGAACGCCUGUUUGUCGAGCUCCCACAGACGCCCAUACGCAUCCCAAAGACCGGCAGUGUGGUAGCAGCCGAUCAGGGCAUAGUCGACAAGUUAACGGAGGGAAUCUCAACGAUUAAUCUCCAGGACGAGAAUGAACCGCCACAACCGUCACCCAAAGCUUCUCCCAGGCGGACAACACGGCAAUCAGUUCUCCUGGACUCCCUAGACAAGAGACCCGCUAAACCCCAGACUCCCCGAGUCCAAGUCCUCACCCCGCCCAAAUCGGAGACAUCAGAGUCAACGAAAGAAGAAGAGCAGCCAGCAGACCCAGCAGAGCUGCGAGUGCUAUCAUGGGCCGAGGUGUGUCCGCCCGGCGACCGGAUCGUCAAGAUCGCCGAAGCCUCCUACGCAGAGGUGUACCGCGUCAGCAACGAGCGGGGCACGAGCAUCAUCAAGGUGAUCCGGAUGGAGUCGGCCAUCAAGGCGCAGACCAAGGCGCAGCAAAAGUCCGGGCUCGUCGACGAGGAGCCGCACCGCGAGUCGGACCUGCAGGGCGAGCUGCGCAUUUCCGAGUGGCUGGCCGACAUCCCCGGCUUCGUCGUCUACAAGGAGCGCUACGUCGUCCAGGGCCGCGCCUGCCGCGAGCUGCUCGACACCCACCAGGCCUUCCACAAGAAGGCCAAGCGCCAGGACCCGGACCGCCUGCAGUUCUACCCCUCGCCCAGCCGCUACCUCGACGGCACGCGCUUCCUGGUCGUCGAGCUCGGCGAUGCCGGCACGGCGCUGGAGGACUUUGAGCUAGCGGCCGCGGAGCAGCUGUGGGAUAUUUUAUUCCACGUUGCGAUUGCGCUGGCUCGGGCAGAGGCUCGGAUAGAAUUCGAGCAUCGAGAUCUACACGAGGGGAACUUGUGUAUACGAAGCCUAGGAGAGCAAAUUCCAAAGGAGGAGCGGGAAUUCUCUGGCCACUUUGGCUUUUCCGGCCUCGAGAUAACGAUACUGGACUACGGACUAUCUCGGGCACGAGACCACCUGGAAUCAGAUGAUGAGCCAGAGCCCGUGGCAUACGAUCUGGAGAGAGACCUAAGCCUCUUCACGAGCGACCACGCGCCGCAAUGCAAAGUGUACCGACAAAUGCGGUCCUUCUUCCUCCGCGGCGACCGCGUCUGCCUGCCGCCCAAGAGCCACAAAAAGGCCUACGCCGAGGGCGUCGACGGGCCCAUCUCCUGGGCGCAGCACGAGCCCUACACCAACGUGCUCUGGCUGGCCUACAUCUACGAGUGGAUGCUGGGCAACUUCCGCGGGCCCAAGAAGGAGGCCGGCGCCUUCAGGCGGCAGACGAAGGACCUGUGGCUGUACCUCAACCCGGAGGCGCACGCGAGCGUGCCCGGCUUCGAGAGCGCGAGCGACAUCGUAAGGUUCGCGGUCGAGGCCGGCUGGAUCGAGGAGGCCCAGCUGAUGGGCGGCAGCUGCGAGGUCGAGAAGUCGAUAUUGUCGAUCCUGGCCGCUGACAAGGGGGAGAGCUUUGUUGCGGACCGGUCGCUGAGGAGGUCGCCGAGGAGACGGCGGCCGAGUGCUGUGUGA